AUGAGCCAAGAAAAGCACUGUGCCUCGGAGAGUUCCUUGGGUUUGAGCAUCAGCCGUGAGGUUGAGACGCCGAUCUUACAAGAGCACUCCCCACCUCUCGGGUUCUUGGAACAGCUUGAUGACAUUUUUGACACCGGAAGCCUGGAUCUGUAUGACCACAAUACCGUUGAUUCGCCUUUCUCAUUCGUGCCUUCUUCAGAGGAACCGAACUCUUUCCAGGACAAUGAAUCUACAGUGGCACCGCGAAGUAAACCCUGGGAAAGCUCUCGUGAUGGUUUGUGGACGGACAUUUUUUCACCGCUGGCGCAUGGAGGCACUGGCCAUCUUCAACUUCAAACAUCACGGCAACGGCAGACACACACAUACUCUUGCGACCAGACGCCGAUACCACAACCGCUCCGGGACCAAUCAUCCGUCUUGGUUGAGUACUACUUCAAGGAGGUUUGUGGCCUGAUGUCCUGCUACGAUAGCCCGAUGAACCCCUACAGGUCAGAGAUCUCCAACGUAUGGUCUCAAUCUCAACCUCUUUACUACAUUACUCAAAGUAUGGCCGCCGCUUGCUUGUCGGAGGUUUCGCCAACUAUGUCCUUGACCGGCCGCCAGCUCCGCGAUAAGGCUGAGGAUAGCUUGGUCAGAGAAAGCAUGGCUGGUCUAACAGAUAAGACAUCUCUUCUUGCGGUCGUUAUGCUGGGCAUGAGCCGUUCUUGGCACGAUGCAGGGCAUCUCGGCCAAAGGGAAUAUGACAUUCUGGCCAAGGCUAUUGAACAAAUGGAUCAACACCAUGACAGUGUUCCAUUGGCCGAAAAACAGAAGCAUUUUUUCUUCUACAACUCUCUGGUAUACUGGAAGCUCUUGCUAUCAUUUGUCACGGACUUGAAUCUGGUCCGACCUGAAACCACGAUUUUCCAACCACAAGUGGCGGAGCCCACCGCCGCAGUCGAUCGAUAUGAACCACGAGUCCCUCACCCGCAGACGGGUGUAGGAAUAGAAAUACAAGAGUUGGUUUCCCAGGUUGGAGCUUUAGUAAGGAGAGAGCGAAAGAGGAUCCGCUCUCGUAAGUUUGCAUCAAGAAAUGAUAUCGAUACGGCUGAGGCUGCCAUCCAGGAGGCUACAAGGCUUCAAGCAGAUCUUUGCGCCAUUGUCUUGCCGAGGGAGGCCACUGUUAUCGACUCAGGCGAUGAUGUGACACCAGCAACUCAUCUCCUAAAGGUCGCAGAAGCAUAUCGAUGUAUGGGGUUCCUCCAGCUUUUUAGAAACUUCCCUGAUCUCCUCACAUUCUCCGCGUCUUCUGGCACUCAAGAUCAGGUCUUCCAACUCGAAAAUAAGACCAAUUCGCUCCCUGGCGCGAGCGAUCAAUGUCUCACGGAUAUGUGGUUGACAUGCUUAGCACUCCAUAUUCUUCAUUUGGUGCAAGGCAUCCCAGUGUCCUCUCGCAGCCGAUCUAUCCAACCGCUUCUUCUUGUAGCAGUUUGCAGUGAGCUUUCACUUUGCCGCUCUUACGGUACAGUAGCUAGUCCAGACAGCGUCUCUGUAGAAAGCAUUGCGUCUAGCCCUGUUUUCCAAUCAUCACCAAGCAUAACAGACAUUCUACAAGCAAGAAGGGACAUUAUAUCACGGCUCUCCUAUUUUGAAAAUAUACUGGCUGCAAAGCCGGUGAGGAUGAUGAUACAGCUGGUCAAACAGACCUGGCGCAGAAUGGACGAGGAACAGCAGGAUUUAUACUGGAUGGAUGUCAUGAUGGACGGAGGGUAUGAAACGUUGAUAGGAUAA